UCGUCGUCGUCCAUGUAAUCCUUCGAGACAGUUCUGCCUCUGUAUCAGCACUCAGCCCCGUUCAGCUUUUGUAUGGCAAUCUCAGUUGUCGAAGAGUGACUUCCGACAGAGAGACCGUGAGCGACCACUUGGAGAACUAAAACACCGCAAAAUGGGAAACGAGAGCGACCUGUCCACGGCCAUUUUGAAGCGAAAGGAUCGCCCGAACCGUCUCAUUGUGGAAGAUGCCACCACGGACGACAACACGGUCGUGGGGCUCUCCCAAAAGAAGAUGGACGAGCUCAACUUGUUCCGCGGCGACACGGUCUUGCUCAAGGGCAAGAAGCGCAAAGAGACCGCAUGCAUCGUCCUCCAAGACGAGACUGUCACCGACGAAAAGGUCCGCAUGCAUCGCGUCGUCCGGAACAACCUCCGCGUUCGCUUAGGUGAUGUGGUAGCCAUUCAAGAGUGUCCGGAUGCCAAAUACGGCAAGCGCAUCCAUGUUUUGCCCAUCGACGACACCAUCGAAGGACUCACGGGCAAUUGGUUCGAGGUCUACCUCAAGCCCUACUUCCUUGAGGCCUACCGACCGGUCCACAAAGGCGACAUCUUCAAGGUCCGUGGCGGCAUGAGAGCUGUCGAGUUUAAGGUGAUCGAGACGGAUCCCGCGCCCUUCUGUAUUGUGGCCCCGGACACGCUCAUUCAUUGCGAUGGCGAACCCGUCAAGCGCGAAGAGGAGGAGGACUCGCUCAACGCCAUCGGCUACGACGAUGUGGGCGGGUGCCGCAAGCAAUUGGCUCAAAUCAAAGAGAUGGUCGAACUGCCCCUUCGGCAUCCUUCUCUGUUCAAGGCCAUCGGAGUGAAGCCACCCCGCGGUAUCCUCAUGUACGGACCUCCGGGCACGGGUAAGACCCUGUUGGCCCGAGCCGUGGCCAACGAGACCGGAGCCUUCUUCUUUUUGAUCAACGGACCAGAAAUCAUGUCCAAGUUGGCGGGAGAAUCCGAAUCCAACCUCAGGAAAGCCUUCGAAGAGGCCGAGAAGAACUCGCCCGCCAUCAUCUUCAUCGACGAGUUGGACGCCAUUGCGCCCAAACGAGAGAAGACCCAUGGCGAAGUGGAACGACGCAUCGUGUCCCAAUUGCUUACCCUGAUGGAUGGACUCAAGCAGAGAUCCCACGUGGUGGUCAUGGCCGCUACCAACCGUCCCAAUUCCAUUGAUCCGGCCCUCCGACGAUUCGGUCGCUUCGAUCGUGAAGUGGAUAUUGGCAUCCCCGACGCCGUUGGACGACUCGAGAUCCUUCGAAUUCACACCAAAAACAUGAAGCUGGCCGAUGACCUCGAUUUGGACCAGGUUGCCGCCGAGACGCACGGUCACGUGGGUGCGGAUUUGGCCGCACUCUGCUCUGAGGCAGCCCUGCAACAAAUUCGAGAGAAAAUGGAUCUUAUCGACUUGGAGGACGAGACGAUCGACGCCGAGGUCUUGAACUCGCUAGCCGUGACCAUGGAGAACUUCCGCUUUGCCAUGGCCAAAUCCACGCCGUCGGCCAUCCGUGAAACCGUUGUGGAGACGCCCAAUGUCAGUUGGGACGAUAUUGGAGGCCUGCAAAAGGUCAAGCUAGAGCUUCAGGAGCUGGUGCAAUACCCUGUGGAGCACCCCGAGAAGUUCUUGAAGUUUGGAAUGCAGCCUUCGCGUGGUGUGCUCUUCUACGGACCCCCUGGAUGUGGUAAGACCUUGCUCGCCAAGGCCAUUGCCAACGAGUGCCAGGCCAAUUUCAUCUCCAUCAAGGGACCCGAACUUUUGACCAUGUGGUUCGGUGAGAGCGAGGCUAACGUGCGGGACAUUUUCGACAAGGCUCGCUCUGCUGCUCCUUGUGUGCUCUUCUUUGACGAGUUGGACUCGAUUGCCAAGAGCCGUGGCGGUUCUUCUGGAGAUGCUGGUGGAGCUGCGGAUCGAGUCAUCAACCAGAUCCUCACAGAAAUGGACGGCAUGGGUGCCAAGAAGAACGUGUUUAUCAUCGGAGCCACGAACAGGCCUGACAUCAUCGAUGGCGCCAUUCUUCGUCCAGGUCGAUUAGAUCAGCUCAUCUACAUCCCCUUGCCGGAUGAGGAAUCCCGAUUGUCCAUUCUGAAGGCCAACCUCAGGAAGACCCCAAUUGCUAAGGACGUAGACCUCAACUUCUUAGCCCGAAUGACCAAGGGCUUCUCGGGUGCCGAUUUGACGGAGAUUUGCCAACGCGCUUGCAAGUUGGCCAUUCGCGAAAACAUCGAGCACGAUAUCAAGAAAGAGCGCGAGAGGCAGGCUGCUGCCAACCGCAAGGGUUCCAAAUGGGUCAAGGGGGGUGGCAAUAUGGAUGUGGAUGAAGACGAGAUCAGCGAGGUGUCCAAGAAGCACUUUGAGGAGGCUAUGCGAUUUGCCCGCCGAUCUGUGUCCGAUCAAGACAUCAAGAAAUACGAAAUGUUCUCGCAAACCCUGCAACAAAGUCGAGGAUUUGGACAGAAUUUCCGAUUCCCGGAUUCGGCUGGAGGUCAACCUGGUGGUGGCCAACCCACGGGAGGAGCUUUCGAAGAAGAGGGCGACGAUGACCUUUACAAUUAACCUUUUUGAUGAUGCGAACGAAUAUGUUCAUUGCGAAAUACCCCCGACGAGUAUUUUUUAUUUGAAUUUGUCUCCUGUGUGAUGAUCAAGUUCGAUGUAAAUUAAAAAUGAUCAGUCCAAGUCCA